AUGCGUCCAGUGGAGAACUGGGAUAAGAAGCGAGUUGAGGGUUCAAAAGUGCAAAAAUGCGUUUUUGAUCGCGCCCUUGGCUACAUGCACCAAGUCGGCGUUGGCUUACUUUGGAUCGACGCCCACUGUAUCCGCCAAGGUGCAGAUGAUUGCGAUGACCAAUCGAGAAGCGGAAAGCCCUGCUACAGCUUGCAGCAAUGA